AUGGUGAAGACGGAGCUGAGCCAGAAGGCGAAACUCUCACUUUACCAGUCUAUUUGCACUGCUAUCCUCACCUGUGAUCAUGAAGUUUGGGUAAAGACCAAAAGAAUAAGGUCACGGAUGCAAGUGGUGGAAAUGAGAUGCUGCCAUCAAGUAUCUCGGGCUAAACUCCUGGACAUGGUGAGAAGUUCAACUAUCCAGGAGGGACUUAGGGUAGAGGCGCUGCUUCUUCGCAUCAGAAAGAGGCAGCUGAGGUGGUUUCGGUAUUUAGUGAGGAUGCCCCCUGGCCAUCUCUCAGGAGGUCUUCCAGGGCUGGAGACCAGUACGUCCUUACAGGUUCUGCAGCUCUCCUUCAACAAAAUCUCCACUCUGCAGCCAGAAGACCUCAGCCAUCUCAGUCAGCUGAAAGAGCUCCAUGUCCAGCAUAACUUCAUCACGACUCUACAUCCACAGACGUUUCAGGGUUUGGAGCAGCUCAGGGUCUUAGACUUGAGCUACAACCUGCUGACCAGCCUCCAUCCUGUCAUGUACCUCUCUCUGCACAAUAUUGGGGCAGAUGUUAGGCUAAACGGGAACUUGUGGCGGUGUGAUUGCACCAUGCGCAAUCUAAGGCGAUGGCUGACCUACAACAUUAGUCGAGGUCUGCAAGCCUGGAAUGUGGUGUGUGCUUCACCCUCAACACUCUCAGGCAGAGACGUCCUACAGGUGGAGGAGGGAGACUUCAACUGUUCCAGUGCUGAAAACAAGCCAGAGCUCUACCGUGAUGUGACAGUCGACAUCGACUCUGACAUAUUGCUGUCUUGUUCUGCUGAAGCCUCAGCUGCAGAUCAAACACAAUAUGACAACGACGCCUACUCCAUUGGUGAGGAAUACGAGGAACUAGAAUCUCCCAGGGAAAGAAGAGUUACAUUCAGCAGUACAGACUUUUAUGAUACUGAAGCCGGUGGCAAUCAAGAAGAAGCCUACAGCUAUGCACGCAAGAAACACGACAAACACAAUACCACAGAUGCUAAGUACCGACCUGAGAAGGACCAGCAUAGAGCCGGAGAAGCAGCAACUAAUGAACGUAAAGCUAGAGACCUCUCACAUGUCAGCGAUGUCAGUUAUACAGACAGCAUAGAGUAUGAACACAUCUCAGACCCUGGUGAAGCGAUGGAGAGGAUAAGUUUGUCUUCACACUCAGACUCGUCAAGAUCUGGCAAGAUACUAAAAAAUGAGCAAGUGGCCCACCAACACCACUCUUCUCAGGUGGAAGAGAAUCCUGCUGGACAGAGAGAUAUUUUCACAAAGGUUGUGCAAAAGGAGGCCUUUUCCUCACACGACAGCUGUGAAACCAGUGGCUUUUCACGUGAGCAUUUUGCAAAGUGGCCAUCACUUAAAAAUAUAAAACCAGGAGACCCUGAUCUGUGGCAGGAGAAUGGAGAACAAUUUGAAUUCAGUGACUCAGUUAAAAAUGAUUCUGCGAGAUCCAGUGUUUUGUUUACUUCUGAUGAUUCAAAUCAGAUCAUUAUGCUCCAGUCACAUCAAAGAAAGGACUUGGACCUGUCUAGUUCUAGCUCAUACAUGAGUGACGAUGAGCCGACACAUUAUACAGUGAACCCAGAACCACUGGAAGACACAGAUAUAACAACACAAAAAUCAUUACAAAGAUAUAAUCAGAGUGAUUACAAACAACAAACACCAUCACUGCCAUCCAUUAAAUCUUCUAGUAGUGAAAGUGAGGAGGAAACAGGAGGCUACAAAAAAGAAAUUCAACAGAAAGUAGUUGUCACAGCAACGUCUCCAAUUAAAGAACAUCAAACUGCAAGUCACGAUACAGAAAUAAGGUGGCCUACAUUACAUCUUGGUCACAUUACUCACACCAAAAGACACCUGGAUAUCAAAGCACCAUCAACACCUUCCCGUUCAUCUAGUAGUGAAACUGAGGAGAAAUCAAUGAAAAAAUGGGAGCAAAGACAAGUUGUCACGGGAAAAAUUCCAUUUAAACAACCAUUUACACCUUCUGACUCAUGUUCUAGUACUGACAGUGAGGAGGAAACAACAGAUUACAAAAAGAAAAAGCAACAAAUGGAACUUGGUAUAACAAAGUCACCACUUAUGGAUAAUCAAACUACAUGUCAUGAUUCAGAAAUAACGUGGCCUACAUUAGAUCUUGGCCACGUUACUCCCAUCAAAAGGCGUUUGGACAUCAAAGCACCAUCACUACAUUCCACUUCAUCUUCUAGCAGUGAAGAGGAAACAGACUACAUCAAGAAACAGAGGCAAAAGAAAGAGGAUUUACCAAAGUUUUCAUUAAAAAAGUCUCGAAGUUCAAGUCAUGAUCCAGAAAUAAAGUGGCCUUCAGUAGAUCUUGACCAUAUCACUCCCAGCAAAAGGCGUUUGGAUAUCAAAGCACCAUCACCACCUUCCCGUUUGUCUUCCAGCAAUGACAGUGAGACGGAAACAAAGAUGCAAGUGCAAAGGGAGGUGAACAUAGCAAAUUCUCCAUUGCCACCUUCUGAUUCUUCUUGUAGUAACAGUGAAGAAGAAACAGAGGACAUCAAGGGGCAAAAGAAAGUGGAUUUGCCAAGAUCACUGCUUAAAGAAUCUCAAAGUUCAAGUCAUGAUGCAGUAAUAAGGUGGCCUACCCUAAAUCUUUAUCAUAUUAGACCUAUCAAAAGGCAUUUGGAUAUCAAAGCACCAUCCCAUUCAUCUAGUAGCAGUGACAGUGAUGAGGAAACAGACUACAGAAAGAGAAAAGGCCAAAAAGAAUUGGAAGCAGAAAUGUUUCCACUUAAAGAAGCUCCAUGUUUCAGUGAUGCACAGACUGGGUGGCCUACAAUAGAUCUUGGUCAUAUCACUCACAUCAACAGGCAUUUGGAUUUCAAAAUCCCAUCACCAUCUUCUCCUUCAUCUUCCAGCAGUGACAGCGAUCAGGACCCAAGAGAAUACAUGAAGAAACAUGAACAAAAGGAAGUGGAAGCGAAAAACGUACCACCUAACAAAUCUCCAUAUUACAAUGAGACAGCAACCAGGUGGCCUACAACAGACAUUGGUCAUAUUACUCCCAUCAAAAGGGGUUUGGAUAUCAAAGUAGUACUGCCAGUUGUUGAAUCAUGUUCUAGUAGUGACAGCGAGGAGGCACCAACAGACUACAGAAAGACAAAGGACCAAAAAGAAGUGGAAGCAGAAAUGUUUCCACUUAAAGAAGCUCCAUGUUUGAGUGAUGCACAAACUGGGUGGCCUACAAUAGAGCUUGGUCAUAUCACUCCCAUCAACAGGCAUUUGGAUUUUAAAAUCCCAUCACCAUCUUCUCCAUCUUCCAGCAGUGACAGUGAUCAGGACCUAAGAGAAUACAUGAAGAAACACAAACAAAAGGAAGUGGAAACAAAAAACAUUCUACUUAAAUCUCCAUCUUACAAUCAUGAGACAGAAACCAGGUGGCCUACAAUAGAUCUUGGUCAUAUUACUCCCAUCAAAAGGCGUUUGAAUAUCAAAGUAGCAUUGCUACCUGUUGAUUCAUCUUCUAGUAGUGACAGUGAUGAGGGAACAAUAAAGAAGCAGAGGGAAGUGGGUCUGACAAAGCUUCCAUUUAAAGAAUCUCAAACUGCAAGUUCUUUUCCAGAAACAAGAUGGCCUGCCUUAGAUGAACAUCCAGUUCUCCAUAAAAAUAUAAAACCUGUAGACCCUGAUCUGUGGCAUGAGAAUGGAGAGGACUCUGACACAUCUAGUUCUAGCUCAUACAUCAGUGAUGAGGGUCAAAUGGGAGUUCGUACAGAAUCUCACAGUUCAAGUCAGGAUCCAGAAAUAAGGUGGCCUAAAGUCGAUCUUGGUCAUAUUACACCCAUCAAAAAGCAUUUGGAUAUCAAAGUAGCAUUGUCACCUGUUGAUUCAUCAUCGAGUAGUGAAAGCGAAGAGGAAACAAAGAGGCAAAAGGACGUGGGUCUGAGAAAAUUCCCAUUUAAAGAAUCUGAAAGUGCAAGUUCUUUUUCAGAAAUGAGGUGGCCUGCCUUAGAUCACCGUAUAACUCCUGUCAAAAGGCAUUUGGAUAUUAUAGUGUCAUCAUCACCUGAAACAACAAUCAACAUAAAGGAGGUUAUAGAAGUGGUAGGGUUUCCUGUUAAAGAAUCUCAAACCAUAAGUCAUCAAGAAAGGCAGCCUGUACCUGCAAAACACGUCAGCAGUGUCCCUUCAAGUUCUCAAUCAUCAGAAUCAAACUCUUCCAGCAGUGCAAGUGAGGAUGAAGACAAAGCCAACAAAGCUAACUUAAAUAUGAAAAUACCUGGGAUAUCAAAAACCACAGAAGCAACAAGGAGUAUAAACAGUCAUGAUAAAACUGACUAUAUCAAAUUAGAGAAACCAACACUUAUUAUGGACAAAGUGGAGACUAAAUCAUCUGCUGAAAAUAUCAACCUAGUCCCUGAGGUGAGUCCAGAGCUUCAGUCAAGGUGGGCAGCAAUGAAUCUUGCUUCCUCACGGAUCAGAAAGCGUCUCGACAUGACAAUACAUAAGUCACCUGUUGUUCCCGCCUCGGUUCCACCAGACUCCCCUGGUUCUUCUAACAGUAAAAAUGUGAAUAAAAAUGAAAGGUCAAGACAAAAGAGGUGGGAGCUUGGGACACAAGGAAUCAAAAAUGCAGAAUCAUCCUUAAUUUCCAAAGACAGACCAGUUUUGCUCAUCUCCAAGGAAGCUGAUGGAGCAUCACCACAAUCAUCUGACUCUUCCUCCAGCAGUGAGAAUGAAGAUGAAUCAUUGGGUCUGGUGGGCAGAGAAUGGAGGGGGAAAGCCCAGCUGGCUGGUGUCACUGACAAGGGGCUGCUCAAUCAAACAUCUCAGGAUCGUUCACAGACCCAAAAUAAGGAAGUAAAGCAGAAAGCCACAGCAGAGCUUGAAGGUCAAACAUCUAAAGCAGAUGAGCCUGACUCAGUGUGGCUUCAUCAGUGUUUCACAAAUAUCCCCCCUGUCAAGAUUUUGGCCACCAAAACAAUGUCACAAAGAGUAUCUUCUUUGCAUAGCAAAGAGUAUCAUAUAAUGGACCAUACUAAGACAGACAUCAGUGACACCAGGUUCACAAGUCAUGAGACUGUAAACUCUGCUAAAGCAGGUUCAUCUCAUGGUGUCAGAGAUGUAAACACAUCUAGUAUGACCUUUGAUGAUGCAGUAAAGCGAAGGACUGAGCAGUCCAGGGAAACUCUCGAUGUGGACCAACGACUUGAGAUAAGGUGGACUAGUGUUGGUCACCAUCUCCCAGAUCUUUCCCUCUCCCGUCAAAGGAGAUAUAUGGCUGGCAAUCACCUGACACUGCAACAGGGUCCACCUGCAGGGUCUGAACACCAGCGACUUAACUCUUCCUCUUCCUCUAGCAGUGAAAGUGAAGGAAAACAAGCUACAGCAGAUACAUUGCAAAUGCACAAAUAUUCUGAUUUUACAGCCAACAAAGGUAUUUACAAGUUUGAUAACUUAUCUAACGUCACAAGUGAGGUAGUUUCAAGAGAAGAUGGAGGGGAAAAGAAAGGUCUCAGUGCUCUGAAAGCCAUGUCAUCAGAGCGAAACAAAUGGGAGAAAGAUGAAGAUUUAAGGAAGAGUGCAUCUCAUAAAUACGGUGAUCAGGCUUCAACGAUACAAAGUGCCACCAAUUUUAACUAUCUUAGUUCUGUAAAGGACAUCCAGAUGCUUACAAAGCAAUCGCUACCAGAUUCACUUCAGUCUUCUUCAGUGGAUGACAAAAGAGCUCUAGAACUGCUUUAUCAUAUUCCUCAGUACAGGACGCACGUCUUUAGAACUCCUCCACCUCCUCGUCUAGACACACCACCACCAGACGAGGCACCGAGCCUCACGUGGAGGUCUCAACACAGCUUCAACAAACAAAACUGGAGAAGUGUGAGCCCCUAUCUGCAGCAAAGGGGAAUGGAGGAAUCUGAACAAUCUUCACCAUCCUCAUAA